AUGGAACUUUCAAAUCAGUCUCUUGUUACACAGUUUAUUAUUGUAGGCUUUCCUGAUCUUGGUGGAUAUGAGGCCUUGUUGUUUCUGCUUCUGAUUGUCAGCUACAUUUUUACUCUAAGUGGUAAUAUCACAAUAAUCACCCUUAUCUGUACACACCACAAACUUCAUGUUCCUCUCUACCUCUUUGUUGCUAUACUCUCCUUCUUGGAACUCUGGUACACCACUGUCACUAUACCAAAAAUGUUGACAAAUUUACUAAAUGUUAAAAUCAUCUCUUAUGUUGGCUGUUUAUUGCAGAUCUAUUUUUUUCAUAGCUUGGGGAUCACAGAAACCUAUCUUCUAACAGCAAUGGCCUUUGACCGCUACAUGGCCAUAUGCAACCCUUUAAGGUACCCAUCCAUAAUGACUAUUGCGUGUUGUUUUCAAAUGGCAGCUUGUUGUUGGGUUAUUGGCUUUCUUGGGCCUUUAACACAAAUGAUCUUGUUGUCUCAUCUUUUCUUUUGUGGUUCCAAUAGCAUUGAGCAUAUCUUCUGUGACUUUACUCCACUCAUGAAUUUAGCCUGUUCGGACAUCUCACUCAAUGUUGCAGUUGACUUUGCCAUCAAUUCCUUUCUCCUUUUCCUUGCUUUUACUUGUAUUAUUCUAUCUUAUUUGAAAAUAAUUUUCACUGUCUUAAAAAUAAAGACAGCUGAAGGAAGGAAAAAAGCAUUUUCUACAUGUGGAGCUCAUCUGACAGUGGUCUUUCUUUUCUUUGGCAGUGUGGGUUUUAUGUAUGUUAGACCAAUCAAAACGAACUCUGCAAACUAUGACCGUGUAAUGGCUGUGAUUUACUCAGUUUUAACACCAAUGUGCAAUCCAGUAAUUUACAGCCUAAGGAAUCAAGAAAUUAGACGAGUACUGAGAAAGACAUUAAAAGCGUUAUUUUAA